AUGAUUUACAGCACAGUGGAUUUCUGCUCGCUCGCUACCCACCACGGGGGAGACAGUGUGGAGGGCGCGUGUGGCAGAACACUAAAAAAAUCUGGACUGGAGCCCACCACACCGCAGCCCCUCAAAAUCCCAGAGUGCCCAGGGCAGGAGAUCCUCAGGACAUGGAAGAAGAAGAAGAAGAAGAAAGGUGAAAGGGACCUAAGCCAGGCCUGCCACUGUAACCUGCACGCCCGGCGCUGUCGUUUCAACAUGGAGCUGUACAAGCUGUCUGGGCGGAGGAGCGGAGGAGUCUGUCUCAACUGCCGUCACAACACGGCCGGACGCCACUGCCACUAUUGCAAGGAGGGCUUCUUCCGGGACAUGUCCAAGGCCAUUUCCCACAGGAGGGCCUGCAAAGCGUGUGAUUGUCAUCCAGUUGGCGCAGCCGGCAAGACCUGCAACCAAACCACCGGCCAGUGUCCCUGCAAGGACGGUGUGACCGGCAUCACCUGCAACCGCUGUGCCAAGGGCUACCAGCAGAGCCGCUCUCCUAUCGCCCCCUGCAUAAAGAUUCCAGUUGCAUCGCCCACCUCCACCUAUACCAGCUCUGAAGAGCCCUUAGACUGUGAUUCUCACUGCAAGGCAUCCAAGGGCAAGCUGAAGAUCAACAUGAAGAAGUACUGCAAGAAAGACUAUGCUGUCCAAGUGCACGUCCUCAAAGGAGACAAGGCAGGGGAGUGGUGGAAGUUUACCGUGAACAUCAUCUCCGUCUACAAGCAAGGUGAACAACGCAUCCGGCGCGGUGACCAGCUCCUGUGGGUGCGUGCCAAGGACGUGGCCUGCAAGUGCCCCAAGAUCAAGCUUGGCAGGAAGUACCUGCUGCUGGGCACGGAUGACGACUCCCCAGGGCAGAGUGGCGUGGUGGCGGACAAGGGCAGCCUGCUCAUCCCCUGGAAGGAUCUGUGGGGCCGGAGACUGAGGAAGUUCCAACAGCGCGACAAGAGGGGCAAGUGUUAAGAGGAGCCAGAGAAGAGAGAAAGAGAGGGGGCUCACCUCGAGUCUGAGGAACACAGGAGGAGGAGAAAGAAAGAGGAAACACCAGAGGGAGAGAGGAAAGAGGGAGAGGUGAAGUGAACAGACAGAGAGAGAGAGAGAGAGAGAGGAAGUGACUGAGUGCUGCUGCUUUGAGUGGAAGAAAAAAGAGAAUAUUAGUUUUAGAAACGUUUGUGUGAAGGAGCUCUUUUUACAGUUGCUGUUCUGUUUGUCCUUCAAGGUUUGUUUCGUUGUGGAAUUGCAGUUUGCACCUAAUAUUUCAGAUAAGUUACUUAUUUUUUGUUUUAUUCAUGAUACCGUUAUUUUUAUAUUUCCAGUUCAUUUCCACAGAACAUCAGAAAAAAAUCUACUGUAUCACAUUUCUGUGUUAAAAAAAUAAAU